CUCUCAUUCCAGCCGCAGCGAACAAUCAGCUCUCAGUUAUUUAUUAGCGGCUCGCGCAGCUUCGCUCCUCUCAGUUUGCUUGCUGCUGCCCGUCGGCGCGCGCGCACAUGUUCAUGCAGGAAACGAGCUCUGGAAAGUCGUUGAUAUUUUGACAAAUUAGUGGAGAAUAUUUACAGAGGAUAAUAAACGUGGCUGCUUGCUGUGUAAUGAUACUGGAAGGCGACUUGUGAUUUUCCAGGUGCCCACACUGCCACUUGUUUUUUUUUUUUUUUUUUUUCUUACACUUAAAAUUCCAACUGAGUGAAAUGAAAACCUCGGAAGACUCCUCCGGAACAGUCCUUCACCGUCUCAUCCAAGAGCAGCUCCGUUAUGGAAACCUGACGGACACUCGCACACUUCUGGCUAUCCAACAGCAGGCCCUGCGUGGAGGGAGCAGCGGUGGGGGCACGGGCAGUCCUCGCUCAUCCCUGGAGAGCCUGACUCAGGAGGAGACCCAGUAUAUGCAGAUGUCGGCACGGCAGGAGCCCCAAGGACAGGAGCACCAGGGGGACUGCCCACACUCUGAGAGCCCUGUGUGCCAUCUGUACCAGCUCCAUGGGGAGGAGCUGCCAACCUACGAGGAGGCCAAAGCCCACUCCCAGUACCUCAUCUCUCAGAAGGAACAAGCAGAGCAGGACGGUCCUGGUGUGGACAUAAUGGGAAGUCAAAGUGAGGGACUAUGGGAUGUGAAGAGGGAACAUGCUCGUUCUCUGAGCGAGAGGCUCAUGCAGCUCUCUCUGGAGAGAAAUGGACACAGAGACAACCUGCUCAUGAGCUCUUCAUACAGCUACCCCCAGCUAUAUAAUAACAACAAUAACGUUUCAAACGCUGGAGCACCAGACAGACAAGGGGCCCAGCAGUGUAUGGACCAGCGUGGACCACCACCAGAGUAUCCUCUGUACGCCAGAGUCCCUGAAUACAUGCUCAGCCACUCUCAGGAGCAUGUGCAUUACCACAGAGACCCUCCUCCACCUUUCUACUCACAGCAUCACAGCAGGUUUGUGUCUGCUCAGUCCCAGGCGACUCACGGCAUCACUUCAGCCUCUAACAGUAACGACAUGUUGAUGCGGGAGAACGAGCGGCUCAGGAAGGAGCUGGAAGUGGCCACAGAGAAGGCCGCCAGGCUGCAGAAGUUGGAACUAGAGAUUCAGAGGAUAUCCGAAGCGUAUGAGACCCUGAUGAAAGGCUCGGCCAAACGGGAAACUCUGGAGAAAACUUUGAGGAACAAACUCGAGGCAGAGAUUAAGAGGAUGCAUGACUUUAACAGAGACCUGAGAGAACAACUGGAGACAGCAUCCAAACACAAAGACACAGAGUGUACAGACCCGAGGCAGCACGUCUUUGUUAAACUCCUGGAGCAAAACGAAGAGCAGCAGCGAGAGCGCGAACGUCUGGAGAGGCAGAUUCAUCAUCUGCGCGUGUCCGGGGAGGAGUGCCAGCGGAGACGGGAGCUGCUGGAGCAGGCCUUAGCAUCGGCACAAACCCGCAACAGGCAGCUGGAGGAAGAGCUGCUGAGGAAAAGAGCCUACGUGAAGAAGGUGGAGCGGCUGCAGAGCUCGUUGGCCCAGCUGCAGGCGGCGUGCGAGAAAAGGGAGGUGCUGGAGCUGCGGCUGCGCACUCGGCUGGAGCAGGAGCUGAAAAGCCUCCGAGCGCAACAGUCCCAGAACCAAACAGCCGACCUCACCGCUUCAGAGCUGAGCUCGUCCACGCUGCAGCAGCAGCUGAGGGAAAAAGAGGAGCGUAUUCUGGCCCUGGAGGCGGACAUCACCAAGUGGGAGCAGAAGUACCUGGAAGAGAGCACCAUGAGGCAGUUUGCAAUGGAUGCAGCUGCUACUGCUGCAGCGCAGAGAGACACAACCAUGAUCAAUCAUUCACCUCGGCUUUCACCGAACAGCAGUUUCAAUGAGGACCUGCCUUUGUCUAGCCAUAGACACCAGGAGAUGGAGAAUAGGAUCCGAGUUCUUCAUGCUCAGCUUCUGGAGAAGGAUGCUGUGAUCAAAGUCCUCCAGCAGCGCUCCCAAUGGGAACAGGGCAAGCUGGAGAAGCAGGGACUUCGUCCGGCCAGAUCGGUUCCCACCAUCAACACCGUGAGCAGCAGCGCAGAGUGUAAAGGAAAGAGCCUCUCAGAUGACCAGACAGGUGCUGCAGCGAUGAAACUCCUGUCUUUCAUCACAGCCAAGGGCCUGAGCCGAGACUCGGGGACCCAAAGUGAUGAGCCCUCUCAGGAGUUGGAGGUCCCAGCAGAGCCUGGCAAGCUUAAGGUGUCUGAGGUGAUCUCAGCAGCUCCCACCGAUGCCUCAGAGGAGCCAAAGGCCACGCUCAAGAUGUCCCGGAGCAUCAACAGCUCAGUUUCAGAGGUGAUUGAAAUCCUCAUAUGAGUGCUGAUGAGAGCUCAUAUGACCAAAUGAUGACAGCCAGCAGUGAAAGGAACCUUUGCCUCAGGUGUAAAGACUUCAGUCGAUGUCUGACUUAAAGCAAAGUACAGGGUUGUGUGUGUGGCCUGGUUUUGAGGAGAAGAGCUGAGCUUUCCUUCCACCAUUUCUGCACAUUUCACAGGUGGACAGAGAGAAUUCGUCAAGGUACCUGGACAGUAUUUUGCAAUAUGACAGGAACUAUGCUGCUGAUAGUGCAUGUUGUGUGUUUGAUUGAUUAUGAAUUGUAUUUAUACUUGUAAAUGCUGCUCAAAUUGUGAUGUGACUUCUCUGUUUGAAAGGAGACUUGUGUUUUUUAAUUGAUAUAGAAAUGGCUUUUUUUUUCUUUUGGUUUACCGAUAUGAUUAGUGUGUUUUCUUUGUGUUAUGUUGAACUGACACUAGCAUCCCUAUCACCACACCUCCUAAAUUUAAUGGGAAUAUUUAUGAAAAUACUCAGAAUAAGCAUGUUCUAUGUUUAAUGCCACGUUUGAGAAUUGUUGUUUCACGAGACAGUUCAAAUUUAAAGUAACAGUUGCUCUUCUCUUUAAAAUACAUUUGGGGCCCCUUGCUCACGACUCGGUCGAGGAUUUUAAAACUUCCUUUGAAUGCAGAGCUUGCAGAACAUAUCUUAAAAAAACCUGCGAGGAUUGACUGUAUCUCACCAGGGUCCAAUUUUCCACAUCCCGGGUUAAUGUUCGGGGCCUCAAAUGGCGACGGCCCAACAUAACGCUCCCCUCCGAUGACACACUGGAGCUAAUCUUCUCACAUUCCUCACUGAGGGAAUGCUCCGGUUAAAGAAAAAGGCUAUCUAAAGUCUGACCCCUUGGCCUUGUUAAAAUGGCACGCAUUCUCCACAUGAUUCCUUUUCUGGGGCUGGUUAUUUCUUCUGAGCCAUGGUAGCUGGUUCUACCAUAAGCAUGGAAAUGGUCAACUAUAAUUGGCCUGCAUUUGCUACGCUAUUUGAUGUCUCAAUGUGUUAUAUUCAGCUGUGUUUUCUCCACUGCUCAACCAUCUCACAUUUCUGAGUAGACUAUAUACUUAACAUGGUGUUUUCUAUUUAUUACGCCCUGCUUAAUAUAGGAUUAGUGCUGAAUGAAGACUACUGUUUUCAAGGAAUGUGCUUUGUAUUUAACUGGAAUGUGAUGCUAUUUGCUCUGCUCUUUAAAGAUAGAGGCCGCUAAGUUUCAGCAUCUAUGGAUGUGCUAUCUCAUCUACUUUUAUCACUGAUGUUGGUAUUAUGUUUAUCACAUGAUCAUAAUUGUCUUAAGUACACAAAAAGCAUGUAAAAAGUCACAUUGAAUUGGUUUUCCCUAUCAUACUCCUCCCUCAUAUUUCCCAUCACAGUGCAUCUGCUGGUCAGGGCCUUGUGUUAGUUUGAGUUUCUGUCCCUUUGUUUAUUGUGGAUUGAUGUUGAAAUGAAUGGCUAUUUGAAGUAAGAAGUUAAUAUAUUUUGUUUGUUUGUUUUUCAUUUAAAUAUGAGUUAUUGUUUGGUUUCUGGUGCCAAAGAUGUAGUCUGUGUUUAAGUUAUAACUGAUGACAAAUACAAUGGGCUCCGUUAAGGUGCCUUGCUUCAGCUGGUUGACCCAAUUUAUUGUUGCUGUGAACUUUUGUAAAUGAGACAUUUGUAUGAAUGCCUUAAAAUUUUACAUUAAUAGAUUAAAAUACCUAAUAUAUGUAUGAUGAAGGGCUUUCUGUUUUUAUUUAUUUAUUUCUUAGGUUUGUGCAAUGGAUUACAAAAAGUAUAUAUCCCUCAAC